UAAUUUGGAUUUUGUUUGCCAUCCUUUUUUGAUUAUAUUGGCAUUUCAAAAAAGAUUUGGCAACACUAAAUUGGCCACUAAAAUGUUGUCUGUCUAUCUGUGUUGUCCCUGCAAUGAGGUGGCGACUAGUCCAGGGUGUACCCCGCCUUCCGCCCGAAAGCAGCUGAGAUAGGCUCAAGUACCCCAGCGACCCCGCACGGGACGAGCUGUCACGGCGCAUGCGCAAUCCAUCAUUCCCUCUGCAGCAAGCGCCUCGGGACACGCCCCUGCUCGCUCUUCCCGCGGGCAAUCGACAAUCAGCGCACCUGGAUCUGAUGAGGGCCAACGCCAUAAAGACCAGCGGACCCGAAGAUCCAGUGCUAGAACGUACUUCACUGUUUCAUAAAAAAUGAGUGACAUGGAGAGUAUCAACCACCACAUUAACGACAGGAUUUCGUCCAUCCAACGCGUGUUGGAUCUGUCAGUUACAGCUGGAGGUGAGGAGGCUGGUGCAGCUGGAGGUGAGGAGGCUUGUGCAGCUGGAGGUGAGGAGGCUGGUGGAGGUGAGGAGGCUUGUGCAGCUGGAGAUCUGCACUUUUUCCCUCCAGUGCUAUUACUGUGUACGGGCCCAGGAAGUUUGCCUCCAACUUUCCACCCUUCCUCUGCUGGUUCCUGAUGUUCUGCCGCCAGACCUGCUCUCCAACUUGGUUGUCCAAUUUUCACAUGGUUUUCGUGUAUACAGGGGGGGCUAUGAUGAGUAACCAGGAGGUGCCUCAAACUAAAAUUAAAAAACUUGGACAAGAACUUUUUGCGCUGGAGAGUCUUCUGGAAGAAUUUGAAAAACAUGUUGGCCGUCAGAAAGACGAACUAAAUUCCUUGAAGGAACUUGAAGAGUUAUUCGAAAAGGACUUGGAGGGUCUCCAGCACCUUAAGGACAACAUACCUGCACAUAUCGCCAAGAACAAAUGUCCUGAAAUAGAAAAAGAGCCUUCCACCAACCAGGGCCAGGCAGCAAAUUUGGAACUUAUCAAGCACGAAGUUGUCAAAAACAACACCAAGUGUUACGUCAAAGAGAUGGACUUCAUCACUGUGGAUGAGUUUGAACGCAUACCCCAGUAUAUGAAAGGACGGGUGUCAUACGAGCAAAUCAAUGCAGCAGUGCAGAACAUUAAUACAGCUGUUGAGGCCAAGUAUACAAUCGUCCACCAACCUGUGAAAACUUUAAAAAACAACGCACGCAAGCUGCGCCAACGCUUCAAGAAUCAGGAGACUAAAGACACCAAAGGUCAGUACUUUGUGGUGGAAGAGGAUUUACGUGAAUUCACACAGAUGAAGGUUGACAAGCGACUUCAGAGCAUUUUUAACAUGUUGCGACACUGCCAGCGCAUACGAGAGCUGCGAGGAGGAGGCACCACUCGUUACAUGCUGGUAUGAACAACUCAAGCCCUGACACAGGCCUCUGCUUUAAAAUACUGUCAGAUUUGUUUACACACACCUCUACCCCAUUCUGGACUGAUCACCAAUCAACCACAGGGCUGACACAGACAAAAAAAAAUGUAAACCCACAAAAAUAUCAAACCUGACAUACUGUAAAGUUUUUUUCUUGGAUAUACCAACUUUACAAAGAACAAAAUAAAUUACAAUAAAUAAUUUACCAAAGCUAUUUUAUUGUAAACUCUUGAAGGUGGGUGUUACACUGAACUAAAUGUUUAUUGAAGGUGAAAUUAGGAUACAUUUAGAGACGUGGAAAAUUGUUAGCCUGACUUUUUGUGCUGCUGGAAUUUUUGAGGUAGAAACAAAAAUUUCAGCAAAUGUUUUGAUAUGUUGAAAAUGGAUAGUCUGAAUAGUUUAAAUCUGUUCAGCAAUAUGAGUCGCAAUAAUUAUUGGUUUUGAGAAGGAAUUUGUAUUAUGGGAAAUGGACAACAAUGAGACGUCGAAUACUGAAUGUUUUCAUGUUGAAAUGUUUUCAAUUGAUUUUUGUAAAUAUGUCUUCAGCCCUCUCACAAUUUUAUUCUUCAUUAAAGCUAAAUAGCAUACACUUAUGUUGAUAACAAUGUGGAAAACCUUUUUAAAGUAGAACAAAACAUGUAUACUGUUGUGUUUUUCUUAUUCUACAUGCAUUUAUUAAAUCUAAUAGGAAGGAAGUAUAUAAGCAUAUAAACAACAAUUUUCAAAUCCGUUUGAUACGCCGGAUUUACCUGAAAGUAAUUUUAGGUGGGCUUGCAAGUAAACAAAAUAGAUUCAGUGUUUCUUUAUUUUAAGGGUUAGAAAAAUAUGCAUUUUUAAAAUAUCCGUGUGUAUGUGCACAUGGCCGCAAUAUCCAGUGAACCUUCUAAUGGAACAAGACAUAAUUUAUGUUGCUCUGCUAUUUCCUUAUAAAGACAUGCAAAUAAACAUAUU